UUCAUUUUCUUGUCAUUUUUAGUUUAUUGCUGUAGGGGAACCAAACCCACCCAUUUGUAUUCCAACUACCUUGGCCAGUUGCCAAAGCCAGCAGGGAAUAUAAAGGGGAGCCUUCCCCUCUCCCACCAGACGAGCACUCCUGGUCUCAUCUCUUGUUCUUCUCUUCAUCUCAGCAUCACUCCCUCUCCUUUAGCCAUCAUGAGCAGGCUGUCUAUCCGGAGAUCCCAAAGUGGGAGCUACAGCAGUGGUUCUGCCAUUUUGCCUGGCAGGGGCCGGAGAGUGGCUGGGAGCUCCUCUGUUGUGAGGUUCGGAAGCUGUUCUAGGGGCAGAGGGGCUGGCUCCAGCAGUCAGAGCCUCAUCAACCUCGGGGGGCACAAGAGCAUCCUUUCCAGUGUGGCAGGUGCAGGCCUAGGCCAGGGAAGCCUGGGAUAUGGAGGCUACGCAGUGGGAGGCUUUGGAAGUGGACGUUUUGGUGGUGGCGGUUUUGGAGCAGGUGGCUUUGGUGGUCUGGGCGGUGGGCCCUUUGGGCCCAAUGCCUGCCCUGGUGGGAUCCACGAAGUGGUCACCAACCAGAGCUUGCUGGAGCCUCUGAAUGUGAAGAUAGACCCUGAGGUCCAACAGGUCAAGACCCAGGAGCGGGAGCAGCUCAAGGUCCUCAACAACCAAUUCGCUACCUUCAUCGACAAGGUGAGGUUCCUGGAGCAGCAGAACCAGGUGCUGCAGACCAAGUGGGACCUACUUCAGCAGCUGAAUGUCAGCACCCGAACGACCAAUCUGGACCCAGUCUUUGAAACCUACAUCAGCCUCUUGCGGGGACAGGUGGACAGUCUCAAGUCCCAGAAGAACCAACAGGAGUUGGAACUGAAGACCACUCAGGACUCAGUGGAAGACUUCAAGAAGAAGUAUGAAACCGAAAUCAACGCCCGUACAAAUGCUGAGAAUGACUUUGUGGUGCUCAAGAAGGAUGUGGAUUCUGCCUAUGUGGGUAAAGUUGAUCUAAGCACCAGAACCAACAGCGUGCAGCAAGAAAUAGAUUUCCUCACAGUCUUGUAUGAGACGGAAUUGGCCCAAGUGCAGAAAACUGUCAGUGACACCAACGUGAUCCUUUCCAUGGAUAACAAUCGCACCCUGAACCUGGAUGGCAUCCUGGAGGAGAUCAGAAGUCAGUAUGAUGACAUUAUCCAGAAUGCAAAGUCGGAAGCUGACUCCCUGUACCAGGCCAAGUACCAAGAGCUUCAGGUUACUGCAGGGAAACACGAUGAUGAUGUCAAGGUUCUCAAGGCCGAGAUCAGCGAGCUGAACCGAGUCAUUCAGAGACUAAGGGCAGAAAUCGACCGGGUCAAGAAACAGAGUGCUGCUGUGCAGGAGUCCAUCCUGGAGGCUGAACAGAAGGGUGAGAAAACGGUCAAAGAUGCCCAGGACAAACUGGUCCAUCUGGAGGAUGCCCUGCACCAGGCCAGGGAAGAUCUCACCCGAUUGCUUCGGGACUACCAGGAGCUGUUGACCGUCAAGUUGGCCCUGGAUGUGGAGAUUGCUACCUACAGGAAGCUGCUGGAGGGAGAAGAGAGCAGGAUCUCUGGAGAGGUCUCCAGUUCUGUGAGCUACUCUGUGGUAACCAGCAGCAUCUCAUCCAGUGGGGCAUCAUCAACAAGCCUUGGUCUUGGGGGCAAGAGUUCUGGAGAUGGAAGCAGCAGAUCCAGCUCUGGAGUUGACUAUAGCUCUGGCACCAGAUCUGGCUCUACUCGUGCUACUUUUGGAUCUGCAGGCACCAGCUCUGGAUAUGGAGCCCAGGAAUCUGGGUCUAGGAAGACUCAGGGCUACAGCUCAGGGCAGGGCAGCCAGGAUGGCCGAGUGAAGUUCUAAGCUCCUGGCUCAGAUUUCUGGUAUCUUCUGGCUUGUCGAGAUGUGAUUUCCCUGAUGCUGGCCUCUGAUUCGUCCUUUGGCAUACUGAAUCUCAAGCAGAUCUCCUUUCUCCAUCCUCCCUUCUCAGUGGAACUAGGAAGGCAGGAGGAGGAUCCUCUUAUGGUGUUCUUUGUUCAGUGUUUGCUUCCCUUCCUACUUGGUCCCUCUUAUGAUUCCUUUCCCAUCCCUUGGCAUUCUACCAUUGUCCAUUCUCUGUCAGGCUGCUGAAAGAAGUCUGUUCUCCCCUUUCUUCUUUCCCUUCUUUCCUGGUGCUAAACAAGGGGCCCAAUUGCAAGCCAAUUAGUGUCAGCUCUUGAUUAUCUGCCACAAUGGAAGGAGAAGCCACAGGAAUGGUGACUCCAAAAACCAUGUUGAUUGGAUGACAUUUUUUUGUUGUUUGAUGGCAGGGUUUGAUUUCCUGCUCAGGGAGAUUUUCUAUCUCUGAGCACAUUUCAGACAAGAGAGAACAGAUAAAGUCCAGGAGCAUCCCGAGUGGCAGGAUGACUUUUGUCCAGAAUGCACGUCUUUUCUACAAAAAGUAUGACCUACAUUUGAAGCAUCGAGACCAUUAUUUGAAGCUAAUACCUUGUUGCCUAUGCUUUGGGGUCCUGUUUUAAAGCCUUGAAUGUUCUUCCUCCCCCUCCUCUCCAUCAUGUCAAUAAACUUCAUGGGAAAAAAUCA